AUGCAGUCGGAACGGAUAAACGGACCAACAAUCCACAGCUGGCAGAGAGGAGAAAGCAGGGUCAUAUAUCCAUGCAGAGAGGCUCACGUUGAUGUGAAGACCACAGAUGGCUACCUACUUUGCCUAUUCUGUGUUGGAUUCACCAAAAAGCAUAACAACCAGAUUAGAAAGACUUCUUAUGCCCAGCAUCAGCAAGUGCGUCAGAUCCGCAAGAAGAUGAUGGAAAUCAUGACUCGUGAAGUGCAGACAAAUGACUUGAGAGAAGUUGUUAACAAGCUAAUUCCAGACAGUAUCGGCAAAGACAUUGAAAAGGCCUGCCAGUCCAUCUAUCCUCUACAUGAUGUGUAUGUACGCAAAGUGAAGAUGCUGAAAAAGCCAAAGUUUGAGCUGGGCAAACUUAUGAAACUACAUGGUGAAGGCGGUGGUGCUGGGAAGCCUGCAGGAGAUGAGGCAGGCGCCAAAGUAGAGCGGGCUGAUGGAUAUGAACCCCCACUUCAGGAAUCUGUCUGAGAUGCAUAAUCUGAAUUAGAGCCUGUAAAGAAAGAAAA